CGGCGUCAUUCCAGAAGAUUCGGCCGGAGCCCGUAUAAAGGGCGCGGAGGGGGCGGGGCCGCGCCGGGAGCGCAGAGCGGGCGGCGGGAGCGGCGGCGGGAUCAGCACCGGGGUCGGCACCAGCACCGGCACCGGCACCGGGAUCGGCACCGGGAUCGGCACUGGCACCAGGGUCAGCACCGGCACCAGGGCACCCACAGCCACCAUGGUGAAGGAGACCGAGUACUACGACAUCCUGCAGGUGAAGCCCAACGCUUCCUCCGAGGAGAUCAAGCGCGCCUACCGCAAGCUGGCGCUGAAAUACCACCCCGACAAGAAUCCCAGCGAGGGCGAGCGGUUUAAACUUAUAUCCCAGGCAUAUGAAGUUCUGUCGGACCCAAAGAAAAGGGACCUCUAUGACCAGGGUGGGGAGCAGGCUAUUAAAGAAGGAGGCCUGAGUGGCGGCAGCUUCUCUUCACCCAUGGACAUCUUUGACAUGUUCUUUGGUGGUGGAGGCCGAAUGAAUAGAGAGAGAAGAGGCAAAAAUGUUGUGCACCAGUUAGGUGUCUCUCUUGAAGACUUAUAUAAUGGUAUUACAAGGAAACUGGCACUGCAAAAGAAUGUUAUUUGUGCAAAGUGUGAAGGUUAUGGUGGAAAGAGAGGGGCAGUGGAAAAAUGUCCUGUGUGCAAAGGAAGAGGAAUGCAAGUCAUAGUCCAGCAGAUCGGCCCUGGCAUGGUGCAGCAAAUCCAAACUGUGUGUCCAGAAUGCAAAGGCCAAGGGGAAAGAAUAAAUCCCAAGGACAGGUGUGACAACUGCAAUGGCUGUAAGGUGGUGAGAGAGAAAAAGAUCAUAGAAGUCCAUGUUGAUAAAGGUAUGAAAGAUGGUCAGAAGAUAGUGUUUCAUGGAGAAGGUGACCAGGAACCUGAUUUGGAGCCUGGAGAUGUUAUAAUUGUGCUGGAUCAAAAGGAUCACAGUGUCUUUCAGAGACGAGGGCAUGACUUAAUCACAAAAAUGAGAAUUCAACUCUCAGAGGCUUUAUGUGGUUUCAAAAAGACCAUUGAAACUCUGGAUAACAGAGUCCUUGUCAUAACAUCUAGGCCAGGUGAGGUGAUCAAACACGGUGACCUGAAGUGUAUCUACAACGAAGGGAUGCCCGUCUACAAAUCUCCAAUGGACAAAGGCAGCCUCAUUAUCCAGUUCUUGGUCCAGUUUCCAGAGCACUACUGGCUCCCUCGGGAGAAGCUGUCUCUGCUGGAAGCUCUGCUUCCCUCCCGAGAAGAUGUGAUGGUCACAGACGACAUGGAUCAGGUGGACCUUGAGGAUUUUGAUCCCAACGAGCAAACCUACCGGAACAGCGCGGGAGAGGCGUACGAGGAGGAUGAGGAGGGCCCAAGAACAGGAGUACAGUGUCAGACAUCUUAAAGCAAGGUGGAGGGGAUGGCAUCUACCAUGUAAAUUUUCACAAUGAAAACUGCAUGGCUGUAAUAGCCACUGCUUGUGGUUUUUGUGUUCAGCAAAUUGAGUUGCUGCGCUGUCGGUAUCACCUUUUUGUAACUAAUUUAUAUUGUGUUCUUGUAGUCUUUCUAUAUAAAGCCAAUGUCACACAGCUGAGAGCCAGCUGAGUUGGUAAACAUUUUCCUUGCUGUGAAGGUUCUCAAUUUAUUUCACCUCUGCUAUUUCUAAGACUUGGGCAAUAUGGAUAGAGGCUAAGUGGAGUGUCUUAUGUAAAUACUUUCAUACUGGAAAAUUAAUUUCAUAGAAUAAAACAUAGCAGAAUAACUUCUAAUAAAUAGUACUUCACAUUU